CAAUAAUGUCCGAAUCAAGAGCGUAAGUAAUACUUAAAUGAUAAAAUUAGUAUUGCUAAUGCUAUGGCAGCAUUACAAAAAAAGUCCGCAAUAUUGGAGGAAGAAAACAGGAUUUUACAUAGUCAAUUAAAAAGUUGUCAAUACGAAUUGCAAAAAUUGGUGGAAGAAUUAUCAAAUAAGGAAGGCAUAUUUGACACGUUGGAGAAAAAACUAAAAAUCACAAUAUCUUAAUUAGAAGAAGAGUUAUAUAAGAAGGAUGAAGAGAUUUUAUAAAAAGAUGCUUAAAUUGAAAGUUUGUCUUAAGAAUUACAUUAAUCUUUAAUAGAUUAAAGCAGAAUCAUGGAUUAACAAUUAAGUGAUAGAUAAUAAUUAAGUGAAUAAUAGGAAUAAAUUCAAAAAUUGAAAUAAGUCAUUCAUAAACUUAAAGAACCAAGGAAGGAUGAUCUUAGAUUCACAUAAAGUGAGAAGAAAACAAGUUUUGUUUCUAAGUUGGAUAACGCAGUUGACUAAUAUUUUAAUAAUGAAAAUUAAGGAUAUGAAUAAUUGAUUAGGAGGAUUUCUAAAUUAGAGAAGGAAAUAAAAGAUAUGGAAAAUGAAUAGAGCAAUAAAAUACUCUUGGAUUAGAAAAUACAACUACUUAAGGAAUUACAGGAGUAGGAAGAAUCACUUUUACAAUAUAUUUGA